AUGCUGCUGGACGCCGGCCCGCAGUUCCCGGCCCUCGGAGUGGGCACCUUCGCCCGGCACCACCACUCGGCCGCGGCGGAGAUGCAGGACCGGGAGCUGAGCCUGGCGGCGCAGAACAGCUUCGUGGACUCGGCGGCGGCGCACAUGGGCGCCUUCAAGCUCAACGCCGGCGCYCACGACCUCUCCCCGGGACAGAGCUCGGCGUUCACCUCACAGGCGCCCGGUUACCCCGCCGCCGCCCUGGGCCCUCACGCCGCUCAUGUCGGCUCCUACUCCGGGGCGCCCUUCAACUCCACCCGGGACUUCUUGUUUCGCAGCCGGGGCUUCGGGGACUCGUCGCCGGCCGGCGGACAGCACGGCAUCUUCGGCCCUGCGGCCGGCAGCCUGCACCACCCGCACACGGACGCUCAGAGCCACCUUCUCUUCCCGGGCAUCCACGACCAGCACGGCCCCCACGCCUCCCAAAAUGUCCUCAACGGGCAGAUGCGACUGGGCUUGCCGGGGGAGGUCUUCGCCCGGUCGGAUCAGUACCGCCAAGUUUCCAGCCCCAGGACUGACCCUUACUCGGCGGCUCARCUGCACAACCAGUACGGCCCCAUGAAUAUGAAUAUGGGCAUGAACAUGGCAGCCCACCACCACCACCACCCAGGUGCCUUUUUCCGCUACAUGCGGCAGCAGUGCAUCAAGCAAGAGCUCAUCUGCAAGUGGAUCGAUCCCGAACAGCUGAACAACCCCAAAAAAAGUUGCAAUAAAACUUUCAGCACCAUGCACGAGUUGGUGACCCAUGUCUCGGUGGAGCACGUUGGGGGACCCGAGCAGAGCAACCAUGUCUGCUACUGGGAGGAGUGUCCCCGCGAGGGCAAGCCCUUCAAAGCGAAAUACAAACUGGUCAAUCAUAUCCGAGUGCACACGGGAGAGAAACCCUUCCCCUGCCCCUUCCCUGGCUGCGGAAAAGUUUUCGCCAGAUCAGAAAAUCUCAAAAUUCACAAAAGGACGCACACAGGAGAGAAGCCCUUCCAGUGCGAGUUCGAAGGCUGCGACCGGCGCUUCGCCAACAGCAGCGACCGCAAGAAGCACAUGCACGUCCACACCUCGGAUAAGCCCUACCUGUGCAAGAUGUGCGACAAGUCCUACACCCACCCCAGCUCCCUACGGAAACACAUGAAGCCACCGAAAUACGCCCUGCGAAGAGGCAGCGCCGUGAGCCGGGCUCCGAGCGCCCUGCGGUGGCUGCGCUGCCUUCAGCGGCAGCUUGUGCAGGCCGGGAGAGCCGUCUGCUCCUCACACCCGGCCGAGCCCAUCGCUUACGCCCCCCGGGCCAGACGUCGCUUCGGGUUUUUCGGUCUUUGUCCCCCCGCUGCCCCUCUCCACCCGCCUCCCUCGUGCCCUGACCCCGGCACGGCCCUGCCACGCUUAAGGGAGAGCGGUAAUUCAYCGGGUUCAGGGGUUGGGGUUAUUUUAGAGGGGAGGGCAACCAAGAUCCGCCUCACAGCCAUGUGCGCGGGUUGCCCGGGCUCAGGCACCACUGGCCCCGAAGUCGUCCUCUAUACCUCGCCACCUUCACCCCCAAACUCCUCCCUCCCCCCACCGUUGUCUCCCACACUGACGCUGAGUUUGCCAAACCUCUCUGCCCUAGACCUGAAGACAAUCUGGGAACCAAUCUGGAGGGAGGCCUGGGGCUUCCCCGGCAGUCCCGAUUCUCCCCAGGCACCCCACGAUCCCCUCAUGCUCAGCCACAGCGGGCGGGUGCCCCGGCCGGUGGCCCGCACACCCCGACGGCUCUGCCCCGACGGUUCCCGGAUCGCUCGGCCCCACGGCCCCCGGGUAGCAGCCGGAGGCACGGCUGCUGGCACCCCGUGCCCAGCUGUGUCAAGCCCCACUUGCCCGGGUCUCCUGCGGCGGUGUGAUUCUUCCUUUAUACCGUGA